AUGAAAUUCGUUACUGCACUUAUUGUUGUCGCUUGUUUAGCUGCUGUAUGCAUGGCAAAUGAUGAAGAAGCAUCCAAAGCUGAAUCAACAGCAUCGCCAUCAGCUCCAACUGCUGCACCUGUGCCUGCACCAAAAGCUAAACGUGAAGCUUGCGAUAAAGGACAAGCCGGGCAGUCGUCAUCCACAACUGGAACUGGAACAACAGAGAAUGCAAACUGA